ACAAAAUGUCUGCGCCCAUGAAUUUCAUUUCCAGUAAAUCAGCUGGCCUAAUUGAACGAGACACAAAUGGAGAUGUUUUAUGGACCUGGUCAUAUCCAAAUGUUUCAGAAGAAGAAAGAAACUUUUUUCUUCAGAAGAGUCAGUUGACCAUGUCCACAGAUGGAAUAAUUCCUUUCAUAUAUAGUCAAUGGAGAAGAAAUUGGUAUUACAUAAAGACAUAUCAAGUAACAGAGGAGGAUCAUUUAUCAAGAGUUACUCAUUUUUCACUAGUCCUGGUAACAAAAGACUUCAAUCCUGAAAAAUAUGAAGUACUCUGUAAGAUUUUAUGCAUGAAAUACAGAAAAACAGGAAAUCCAGCAUCCAUGUUAGAGCUAUACUUACAUGUUUUAACAAGAGGAUCAUGUGCAACUGAUGAAAAUGGUCGAUUUUCUGUUAGAGAUUUUGAUGUUAAAAGAGCUUUUAUCAAUUCAAAAAUAAAAGACAUAGUAACCACAUUUGGAUUAGAAACAAUACUCAUAUACACAGCAUUAUUAUUAAAGAAAAGAAUAGCAGUCUAUUACCCUCAGAACCAGUUAGAAGAUUUAUUACAGUUUAUUAGGUCAUUGCCUGCCUUUGUAUGGCAUAGACAGAACUGGGAUAUAGCAUAUCCUUAUGUAGAGCUUGAUUCUACGGAAUUGGAAGAUUUAUCCCAGAAAAAUAGUUUUGUAGCAGGUUUUACAGAUGCUUCUAUAGAAGGAAGGACAGAUUUAUAUGAUAUAUUUGUUAAUCCUUCGACCAGUCAGAUAACUACAGCCACUCAUGCCAAAGAAUCAUUUGCAAUGGGAAAACUACACAAAGAUACAGCUAUGUUUAUGGUACAGUGUGCUGAAAAAGAAGAUGUAACAGAUGAACAGCUAAUUAAGGAAAUAGCUUCCAAAACCAGAGAAUUAAUUAACAACUUAAAAUCCUUAUCAGUGACAGGGGAAGACAGUAAACAAUAUAUAACAAUAGAAGUAUUAAGAGAAAGAAAGAUGACUCCAGCCACAGAAAAUUUCCUUUUUAGUUUAGCAGCUUGCGAAGGACUGGUGCAAAUGUGAAUAACUUUAUGUAGAAAAAUAACCAAAGGAUGCCAAAAUUAUUUCAAUGCUUCCUUUUUUUAACAAUCUUCCAUGUGUUUUAAAAUGUAGUAUAGAAUGUUCCAACUAUACUUUAUUUUAAUUUAAAAUAAAAAACACUUUUAUAAUGAAUGGAAAUUUAUGUUUGAUAGAUCCAAAAUAAGCUUCUGUAUUUAUUUGCAUUUAGAUCAGAUUUUUAAAAUAAAAUUGUACUGCAUUCAAUCAAAACUCAAAUUUUUUGUGUUUUUUUUUCAGCUUUGAAAGUAAGAAGGCAUACUGUCCUUUUUUUUCAGUACGUUCACACUUUGUGAUAUGUACUGCUGAAUCCUAUAGUUAAAGUUAUUUUUCUAAGACUUGUUCUCAUGCCAAAAAAAUGAAAUUGAAAACUGUUAUGAUUGAUAUAGAUUUUAACUAAAAUGUGCAAAGUUUAUAAAGAAAUAACAUGUUUUUGUCAUUAAACCAAAGACUUUUAUAUUACUUUAUCCUUUGUUGAUAUCUUUAAAUAAAAAUACAGAAAAUCUAUUGAUUUUAUUCGAAGAAUUAAUGAUUUAAUUUGGGGAAAUAACUUAGCUAAGAUUUAAAAUAGUUGUACUGUAAAUUCAUUUAUUUUAUUACAUAGUAAGACAAUGAGAUGGAUAUACCAUUUUUUAAAUUUUAUGAAAGUAUGUUAUAAGGACAACCUUUUUGUAUUUUAUUGAAAAAUAUCUUAUACAUAUUUUUUGGGUAAGUUAUAUUUUCUUUUCUCCUGUUGUAUCUAAGCCAAAUAUAUUAAAAAAAUGCCCAACCUGUAGUGUAAAAACAUUUUUGUCUCGCCUUGACGGAGUCAAAAAGCGAGACAUAGGUAUGCUGUUUCCGGCGGCGUCAACAAUGUAUUAGUUUGUGAUUAGGUCUAGUUCAUGGUGAACCACUAGUGGUAGGUCACUAAGGUCAAUGAUAUUUGGUAUGCAGUUGUAUUAGCAUUGGCACAUCUCAUUACCAUGGAGAUUAUUUGGCCCCUCCCCCUCAGUCAAGGUCUAUUGACUUUGAAACUUUUCAUAGUUUACAUGUAUUAGUUUGUGAUUAGGUCAAUUUAUGGGGAACCACUAGUGGUAGGUCAAUGAUAUUUGGUAUGCAGUUGUAUAAGCAUUGGCAUAUCUCAUUUCCAUGGAGAUUAUUUGGCUGCGCCCCCUUAGUCAUGGUCUAUAGACUUUAAAAACUUUGCUACGUUAACAUGUAUUAGUUUGUGAUUAGGUCAGUUCAAGGGGAACCAUUAAUGGUAGGCCAAUGUUAAUUGGUGUUCAGCUGUAUAAGCAUUAGCACAUCUCAUUUCCAUGGAGAAUAUUUGGCCCUGCCCCCUCAGUCAUGGUCUAUUUACUUUGAAACUUUUGCUUAGUUUACAUGUAUUAGUUUGUGAUUAGAUCAGUUUAAGAUGAACUGCUUAUGUUAAGUCAAUGAUAUUUGGUAUGCAAAUUUAUUGGCAUUUGAAAGUAUCGUUAUCAUGGAGAUUAUAUAGCCCCACCCCUGAUCAUGGUUCAUUGACUUUGAAACUUUUACAUAGUUUACAAGUUAUUGUUUGUGUUUAGGUUUGUUUAAAGGGAACGACUUAUAAUAAGUCAAUGGUAUUUGGUAUGCAGUUGUAUUAGCAUUGGCACAUCUCAUUCCAUGGAGAUUGUUUAGCCAUGUACAUGUACCUUCAGUCAUGGUUCAUCGACUUUGAAUAUUUGCAUAACUUACAUGUUAAAAGUAUUGCUAUUUUAAUUUCAACAUUUGCAUUAUCAAAAUUACAAAAAGGCGAGACAUAUCUCUGUGAUAACAGUUUAUCUUUUUUAGUUUUUGAAAAUAGCAUGAUGUAAACUACAUUUUUUGUUUAUACUCCUACAUUUUUAACGGGUUUUACCAAAACAAAAAUUUUGUUAUCAAAAUGGUAAAGUACAACUGGUGUGUGGGCAGUGUGCGUUCAGAUGCCAACAGUUUCCAUGCAAUAACUUAUGAAUGGUUCAAUCAAUGGUUUUCAAAUUUUAAUAUGUUGUUACUGAUGAUACAAUGGAGGUCCUUGAUAUAUUAGAAAAUGGAACUUUAUGUUGUUUCUGUGCAAUAACUUAUGAACCAUUCCACCAAUACUUUUUAAAUUUUAAUAUGUUGUUACUGAUGACAAAAUUGAGGUCAAUUUCAAUAUUGAAGAUUUCCACUUUUACUAUGAAGUAGAAAUGGUCCUAUAUAUAUUGAAAAAUAGAACUUUAUGUCGAUUCCGGGCAAUUGCUUAUGAACUAUUCAAUCAAUACUUUUCAAAUUUUAAUAUGUUGUUUCUGAUGACGAAAUGGAGGUGAAAUUUGAAAUUCACAAUUUUCAAUUUUCCUGUUCAGGAGUUAUAUUCCUUAAUAUAUUGAAAAUAGGCACAGAAAGCGGCAGGUGAAACACUCCUGAAAGCACCUUCAAAAUACUGAAAACCUGGUUAGCGGUCAAUUUGACAGCUCAUAUCUUGUUUUUUUAUAUUCCCAUACUACCUUAUGCAUGUGAGAUCUAUUAGCAUUGUGUAAAAUGUAAUUAAGUUGUAUAACCACCUCAAAUAUUUGUAUGUUAUUGUUACAAAGAUUAUAAAUAUUGAUUGUUAGUUAAUAUGUUAAAAAAAUAUUAUAUGUAUGUUAUUUAUUGAUGUAUCUUUUAUGAAAUAUUAAAAAACUAUGUUAUUACACCAUAUUGAUUAAAAUUACACAUUUUGAA